AUGGGAACUUGCUGUACAAAUAAUACACAAGAUAAGGACGCUUUUACUGCAAUAACAGCUCCGAUAUACAUAAAUAAUGAAAAUUUGGAGGUUGGAAUGCAAACUAAAAUUAAAGAAUCAAAUGAAACUCCAAGUUCACCCAUCAGAUCUGAGAAAAUCGAUGAUGAGAACUAUGGAAGCAUUAAGAGUUAUAGAGGAGUGAUGAUUAAUAAUGCUAAUGUUUUCGAUGAAUAAACUUCACUUGCUAUAAAGAUAUUCAACUCCUUAGGUCCAUUUCCAUUUCUAGCUGUUAAAGAUCAAACACUUACUUAUGUUGGUCCAGUUUAAAUCGAAGAAGGAAUGAUUUACUAAGGGUAAUGGUUGGAUGGCAGGAGGCAUGGAUUCGGAAAGUUACUCUGUUCUUUUGGAUCAAUUUAUGAGGGGGAAUGGAAUGAUGAUUAAUAACAUGGAUUUGGAAGAUUGGUUUUACCAAGUGGAGAUUAUUAUGAAGGCCAAUGGAUAAGCGAAAAGGCUUGGGGAAUAGGAAAGUAUGUAAGUAUUGAUGGAACAACCUAUAAUGGCGAUUGGGUUGAGGAUAAAUAACAUGGAAAAGGAAUUGAAUAUUGGAAUAAUGGAUAAAGGUAUGAAGGCACUUACUAAUAUGGAUAAAAGACAGGUUAUGGUAUUUUUGAAUGGUCUGAUGGUUCCAAAUAUGAAGGAGAAUUACUGGAUGGAAUGCCACAUGGAAAUGGAGAGUAUUGUUGGAAGGAUGGUAAAAAGUAUAAAGGAGAAUGGAUGUUAAAUCAAAUGAAUGGAGAGGGAGUUUAUACAUGGCCUGAUGGAAAGACUUAUAAAGGAAAUUUUGAAAAGGAUCAAAGACAUGGAUACGGAGAAUUAGAUUGGUCAGAUGGAAGGGUUUAUAAAGGAUAUUGGAAAAAUGGAAGAUAACAUGGAGAAGGAAUGUUUACUUAUAAUAACAAAGUUCGAAAAGGAGUUUGGGAAAAUGGAUAGCCGAUAAAAUGGGGGCAGAGUGAAAUAUUAUCAUUAUAAUGA